UAGACACGUGACCACUAGCAGUUAAAAUUUAAUUUUUCGUGAUACAUUUAUUUUCCCUGUAACCGUUAGUAUUAAGCAAAACUUUCCUCCUUUGACUGUUCAACUUUUCGUUGAUGUAAUACUAUUCAUGUCCUGUAUCACAUAUUGUGAAAAUUAGAGCAGCCUUUUUAUUUACGUGGUGGGGGUACGUGAAGCAGUUAAAUAUAUAAUCAUGUCAGAUUCCACUUUAGAUGAUUUUUUCGCUAAAAAGGAUAGAUCAAAAAAAGGAAAGGCUAAAUCAAAAUAUACGACGUCGGACACUAUAGCGAAAAAAUUAGAAGAAGGCGGCAAAAAACCCGAUGUUGUUAUGAAGAAAGAUGUGAAAGAAAAAAUUCCAUUAAGUUCUAGCAAUCCAUCUAUAGCUAUUCCUUCAAUUACUAACGAACAAGAAGAUGAUGAAUGGAAGAAUAUUGAAGAAAAAGAAGCUGAUUAUUCAGGUCUUCGUAUUCAAGCUCUUUCAAUAAGUGAAAAAGAGAAAGAAGAAGAACAGUUGAAGGAACAAUUAUUAUCAGAACAAAAUGGUGAAUCGAGAAAAGAAUCUGAUGGUCAAUCUGGUCCAUGGAAAGUUGUCCAAACGCCAGUCUCUGAGAUAGAAGAGGAAGAAGAAAUACCAUCUAAAGAAGAACCUGAAGUGAAGGAAGAAACAACGCCUGCUAGCAAACCUGUUGGAACGUACAGACCUCCGGCUCUGAGGAAUGCUCCAGCAUCUACACCUACAUCUGGAGGAGGUAGAAGACACCCAAAAAAUGCCCCACAAAUAAGUAGUGAACUUCAUUUUCCUUCCCUCUCCUCUGCUGUGGAUAGCAACAAAUGGAAACUUGGGGAAUCUGAUCGUAGUUUUCAAUCAGUUAAGCAUGGUGUGCGGUCAAAAGAUAAUACUCAGAGGGAAUUAAAGCUUGAUUUAGAAAACAAAUUCUCUGCUCUGCACCAAAAUGAAUAAUAAUUAGAAAUAUCAAAGAAUCAAUUUUUUUGCAAUGCCUUUAUACUACAGUAAACUUACAAGCUGUUACAAUUUAUUAAAUGAAAUAAACAUUUUCUGGUCAACAUCUGCAACAUUUUACAAUGAAAAAAAUGAAUUUAUUUUGUAUCGACAAUAAAAAUUAGUCCAUGUUCUGUCAUAAUUUUGUAAGAAAUGGUGAUUAGAGAGUUAUUUAGUCUGUUCAUAAUGCUACGUAAGCUUUUAUUGAAGAAUGGGUUAUGAGUGGUGAUAUAACCAUGAAAUAUGUUUUAUAAAUCUAUUUAAUUAAUUAUCAGAAAUGUGCUUUUAACUAUUGAAUAACUGUGAGGAAAAAGUGGCUUAAUAUUUUUUAGUUUGGAAGAAGAAAAAAAAUGGUUUUUUGUGUUGAUUUCUUUAGUGUCUCAAUUCUUCAUAUGUGACGUUCAUGUAAGCAUUUAACAUCUCAAGUGCUUAUUAAAGCUGCAGUUUAUUUUAUUUUAUACCUAUGUAAAUUGUUAUAGAAAAGUGUUUAAAUAAAAGUAAUGUAUUUCACA